GGAACCCGCGAUUGCAUCGACUGUCAACGCUGGAGAGACUUGCGCCAUGGAGACAAAGGACAUUGUGAAGGGUCUUGCAGAUUGCAGCAAGGAAGGAAAUUCGGUUGAGAUGGAUAUUACUGACUGUGCAAACGUGCUGGCAACAAUAUAUGCACAGACUGCAGAGAUGAUGGGUGAUGGUGAUGAAUCAGACAAUGAUGCAGGAGGGAGCACUUGUGAGACGGAAAACGUUGGGGAAGAGAGAGGAGAGGGAGGCAUGGGGAGCAGGGAAAAUCAUGCAGGGCGUAUUGUUGAGGAUGAAAAUGUGGUCAAGACAUUAACAGAAGAACAGUUCCCAUAUGACAUCAAUUGGGUGCCUGGUCGUGUUCAAUCGGGUAUUGUUGGAGGAGUACCCUGCUUCGCGUUCAAAGUGGUUGGGACUUGGGUUCCAUUUCCUGUCCCCAAAACAAGCGCAUGGCGAAAUGUGACUCUGUCAAUCGUGUUUGACAGAGUAUUAAGGUUGAACGAUGCGGCAAGAGCUCAAGAGAAAGGGCAACAUGCGUUGAAAAUGUGGCGUGUUCUGGAGGCGAAGGGCGAGUUCAGGCUUAACGAUUUUUUGUACGACAGUUUUGAUUGCGGAACGCCAUGGGUGAUUGGUGGGAACGAUGCAGCAGCGAGAACGGUGUGUCCCGAGAAUGAUGCAAGGAGGGAUCCUAGGUGGGGUUUGGUGCCAUAUGAGAUCCUGAUUACAUGUGGUCGGGUGAGGAUGCAGAUGCGUGAUACCAUGGAAAAUGUCUGGAACACCCAUUACAUCAAUGGCAGGUUCUCCUUCAAGCAUCUCAACGAGGAGGUAUCAGAAGAGGAGAAGAAGGCAAUGACAUGUCCCCCUCAUACUGCUGGGUGUUUUUUCCCGCCGCUUCGGAACCCUAUGGAGUUGGAGGUGGUGGACGGGAAACUGUUGUCUGGAGAGGAUGGUGCCACAUACACAGCUGCAAGAGGGCAGGAAGCCACAUAUGAUGGACUAUGGUCGCAGAUAUGGGACCAUGUCACAUUGAGGCGUGGAUUGACGUGGAAGGGCAAGAGGACAGAGAAGCGCUCCGGAAUUUCCCGUUUGUCUGCUGAGGUGGAAGGCCCAUGUGGUCCUGGUGGCAGCGCAGGGUGCUCUGCAGCAGAGGGGGACACGGCCGGCCCAAGUCACGCUGCGAUGUCCCAGAGCCCGAGGAAGAUGAAGAAGUGCGCGUCGAAACCGCCAACUGGGAAGACGGCUGCAGGCAAAAAGAAGAAGAGCCCGAAGCCCGUGCCAGCCACCGGUGACACUGCAGAUGCACGCAGUCAGCCCCACAGACGCCGUCGACGCCCCGGGAUGGCAACUCUGGCGGAAAUCAGGAAGUUGCAACGAUCCACCGACCUCUGCUUGGCUUUCAAGCCAUUCUUGCGGAUCGUGCGCGAGGUUGUGGAGGAGRMCAUUGCUCCUGGUGCGGGCGUGAGGUUUCAGAUGACGGSGGUGYGUGCUUUGAUGGAGGCUGCYGAGGCGUAYCUSGUUGCCAAUUUCGAGAACACCAACGAGGUCGCGAUCCACUCGAAGAGGGUGACGAUCCAGGUCAAGGACAUGAGGCUGGUGGAUAGGUUGUCGAAGCCUCCCUGGGUGGAGAAAUAUGAAGGUAUGUUGGACGAGAGGGCAAGAGAAGAGGAGAGGCAACGACGGAUGGAGGCCAGACAGGCGGAGAGGGAUGGCAGCAGAGCAGGCGCGAAGAAGAGAAAAGCAGUGCCUCGUAAAGGGGGGGGCGCGAAAAAAAAGGCUGCUUGAGAAUUGUGCUGUGUGUGUCGCAUAAUGGUUGUCCCGUCUGUUUCUGUCAUGGUUAGUCUUCGUGGUGUUCGGUGGCUUGGUUAG